AUGCUUAGAGCUUUCAGAGCCCACGUGCCCCGCGCAAGGGCCCACAGAGCCUUGGCCAGAAGCUCGUAUAUGAGUAUUUCCCGCGCCUAUGCCACAGACUCGUUUUUGCAAACCAACAACUCCAACUAUGUCGAGGAAAUGUACCAGGCGUGGCGCCAGGACCCCAAUUCCGUGCACGUGUCGUGGAACGCGUACUUCAAGAACCUUGAUUCGGGCGCCGCCCCCUCGGCUGCGUUUGUCGCUCCGCCAACGCUUAUUCCGACCCCGGCCGGGGGUGCUGGCGUUGGUUUCAUUCCCGGUUCGCUGCCCCACUCGGAAGACGUGGUGACCCACUUGAAAGUCCAGCUUCUUGUGCGUGCCUACCAGGUGCGCGGCCACCAGAAGGCCAAGAUCGACCCAUUGGGCAUCCUGUUUGGUAGCCACAGCCAGGUGCCCAAGGAAUUGACUUUGGAGCACUAUGGCUUCACCGACGCCGACUUGAACAAGCAAAUCACCCUUGGCCCAGGUAUCUUGCCGCGCUUUGUGCAAAAGGACCGCGAGACCAUGUCGUUGAAGGAGAUUAUCGACGUGUGCGAGUCCUUGUACUGCCUGUCUUACGGUAUCGAGUACAUCCACAUUCCUUCCAAGUCGCAGUGUGACUGGUUGAGAGAGCGCAUCGAGAUCCCCGAGCCUUUCAAGUACCUGGUGGACGAAAAACGCCAGAUCUUGGACCGUUUGAUCUGGGCGUGUCUGUUCGAAUCCUUCUUGGCCACAAAGUUCCCUAACGACAAGCGUUUCGGUCUUGAAGGUGCCGAGGCCGUUGUCCCCGGUAUGAAGGCCUUGAUCGACGCCUCUGUCGAGCACGGCAUCGAGGACGUUGUCAUUGGUAUGCCCCACAGAGGCCGUUUGAACAUGUUGUCCAACGUGGUGCGUAAGCCGAACGAGUCGAUUUUCUCUGAGUUCACCGGCUCCAAGGAGUUUGACGAAGGCAGUGGUGAUGUCAAGUACCACUUGGGUAUGAACUACAAGCGUCCAACCACCCUGGGCAAGCACGUGAACUUGUCUCUUGUGGCCAACCCAUCGCACUUGGAAGCCGAGGACGGUGUGGUGUUGGGUAAGACCCGUGCCAUCCAGCAGUACAAGAACGACAUUGGCGAGUUCAAGAAGGCCAUGCCUAUUUUGUUGCACGGUGACGCUGCCUUUUCCGCCCAAGGUGUCGUAUACGAAACCAUGGGUUUCGAGAGCUUGCCUGCCUACUCCACAGGAGGUACUGUUCACAUCAUCAUCAACAACCAGAUUGGUUUCACCACAGACCCACGUUUCGCCAGAUCCACGUUGUACCCUUCGGAUAUCGCUAAGGCCAUCAACGCUCCAAUCUUCCACGUGAACGCUGACGACAUCGAGGCCGUCACGUUUGUGUUCAACUUGGCUGCCGAAUGGAGAGCCACCUUCCACUCCGACGUGAUCAUUGACGUUGUCGGUUACAGAAAGCACGGUCACAACGAAACUGACCAGCCUGCAUUCACACAACCGGUCAUGUACCAGAAGAUUGCCGAAAAGAAGUCGGUGCUCCAGUACUACGCCGACAAGUUGGUGCAAGAGGAAACUUUCACCAAGGAGGACAUUGAAGAACACAAGAAGUGGGUGUGGAACAUUUUGGAAGAGUCCUUUGCCAAGUCCAAGGAGUACCAGCCUACGUCACGUGAGUGGUUGACCACUCCAUGGGAAGACUUCAAGUCGCCCAAGGAGUUGGCCACAGAAGUUUUGCCACACCUCCCGACCGCCGUUGAUGCCGACAUCUUGAAGAAGAUUGGUGCCGAGAUCUCCGAGGCGCCAAAGGGCUUUGAGGUGCACAGAAACUUGAAGCGUAUUUUGAACUCGAGAAAGAAGACUGUCGAGUCUGGUGAGGGCAUCGACUGGGCCACAGGUGAGGCUUUGGCCUUUGGCUCCUUGGUGUUGGAAGGCUACCACGUGAGAGUCUCUGGCCAGGACGUUGAGAGAGGUACUUUCUCGCAACGUCACGCCGUUUUGCAUGACCAAAAGUCCGAAAAGGUCUACACACCUUUGCAGCACUUGUCUGAGGACCAAGGCGCUUUCACCAUUUCCAACUCUUCCUUGUCGGAAUACGGUGUUAUGGGCUUUGAGUACGGUUACUCCUUGUUCUCUCCUGAUGCGCUUGUGCAAUGGGAGGCCCAGUUUGGUGACUUUGCCAACACUGCGCAAGUCAUCAUUGACCAGUUCAUUGCUGGUGCUGAGUCCAAGUGGAAGCAGAGAUCUGGCCUCGUCUUGUCUUUGCCUCACGGUUACGACGGUCAAGGUCCAGAGCACUCUUCUGGUAGAAUCGAGAGAUACUUGCAAAUGUGCAACGAAGACCAACGUUACUUCCCAUCUCCAGAGAAGCUUGAGAGACAACAUCAAGACUGCAACAUGCAAGUUGCCUACCCAACCACACCCGCCAACUUGUUCCACUUGUUGCGUCGUCAAAUGCACAGACAAUUCAGAAAACCUUUGGUUCUCUUCUUCUCCAAGUCCUUGUUGAGACACCCAUUGGCCAGAUCCGACUUGUCUGAGUUCACCGGAGACUCGCACUUUGAGUGGAUUAUCGACGACAAGGAAUUGGGCAAGACCAUCAACGAGAAGGCUGGCAUCAAGCGUGUUGUUCUUUGUUCGGGCCAGGUGUACACCGCUUUGCACAAGAAGCGUGCUGCCAUCGAAGAUAAGGAGACUGCCUUCAUCAAGAUUGAACAAAUGCAUCCAUUCCCAUUCGCCCAAUUGCGCGACGCCUUGAACAGCUAUCCUGCCAUCGAAGACUUGGUUUGGUGUCAAGAGGAGCCUUUGAACAUGGGUUCCUUCGCAUACGUUUCGCCACGUAUUGGCACCACCUUGGCCGAGACCGACAACUACAAGGACUUGACUCUCCGUUACGCUGGUAGAGACCCAUCUGCGUCUGUCGCUGCUGGUUCCAAGGCCAUGCAUACCGCAGAGGAGGAGGCGUUCUUGAAGGAGGUGUUCAACCAGUAG